AUGGAUAUGACUAUGUUAAGCGACGCGUGGUACACGACGUUUCCUCUGGACGACUUCAACUCAGUUCUACGCAUGAUAUGUGACGAGUUAAUGAAGAUGACUUUAGCAGCCUGGACGUUAUGUUUGGUUCUAUUCUCCACGGUCAGUGUAACCGGCAGGUUGUCCGAAUGCGCACUGAAUAUGGCCAUCAAAGAGCCGGCUCCCAAAGCCUGUCCACGGCAACAGACAGCGUUCAAGACAUUUUACAACAAUCGUUGGAUCCGCACGGCAUACACUGCCAUAAUCGCAAUGCUGUUAUUGUGCAUGUACGUCAGUACCGUCGUCAGGCCCGUAUAUUUGCUAGUCGCCGGGUCGGUCUUGUCGACAGUCGGUUUGUGCGGGUCCUUAAUCGUAGCAGUCCUGAAAAUGUGUGUUCGCUGGGGAAAAGUGUUUUUAUAA